GUUAUUCAUUAGUCGUGCGUCCUAUCAACAGGUAGCAUAGAUAAACUGAUAUACUGGGCUUUCAAGAUACCUACUAGAGAUGACCAAUUAUACAACUGUGAGAUUGUUUUGUGUGAUCUUCUCAUUACUUCUCACUUUAGCUACUUUGUCAGCAGCACCUUAUCCUGAAUAUGACACUGACAUCCACGAUCUCUAUAAAAUGCUGCUCCAGCAAGACAGCAUGGAUAACCAACUUGGAAUACACCAAAUGGAGAGGAGAGCCAGAGGCCCGCAGUUAAGGCUGAGAUUUGGGAAGAGGGCAGAUGAGUUAGAACACUUCAUGAUGAAGUCUGCAGCCAACGAGAGGCCCCCAUCUUUGCGUCUUAGAUUUGGGAAACGGUCUGAAGAUACACCACUUGCUGCAUAUCUGAAUGGACUUUCACCUGAAGGCGACAACUAAAUUUCUGAUGCCCAGUUCUAGAGCCCAACAAAUGAUGGCGACUACAGGAGUUCCAUAAUAUAGUUGUGAACUAUGGUUAUCUUUGUUCCAAUAUUAAUUUUUGAUGUUAAUCAGAAAUAAAUUAACUUCACGAUAUAUAUAUUAAAGAACGUAUAAUAUUUAUGUGUAUAAAAUGUAUAAAUAUGCGAUUUAUUGAAAGAUGAAAUCGAAAUUCUCAAUCGUAUAUAUGUGCAAUUCAAGUAGUCAAUUUGUGAAGGGUUUAUAAAAUGUUUCAAAUAAAUAUAGUUCAUUUUCCC